AUGGCAGGUGGACACAAGUUAUUAUCAAAUUCCACCAUCACCUUACUAUGCAUCAUCCUUUUUCACUCUUUGAUCACUAAUGCCAGGUUCACUCCUACAGACAACUAUCUCAUCGACUGCGGUUCGCCUCAAAACACUCUGUUAGACGACGGUAGAACGUUCAAAUCCGACCCACAAUCUGUUUCCUUCUUGUCCACGGAUGAAAACAUAUUUGCUUCCUCAAAUUCUGUACCGCAAAAUGUUUCUCUUCCUCUAUACAAAACCGCAAGAAUCUUUGAUUGCGAAUCAGUUUAUAAGUUUCUUGUUUUUCAAACUGGUCACCAUUUCCUUCGUCUCUACUUCUACCCUCUCCCCCAUCCACAGUACAAUCUCACCACGGCAGUUUUCACUGUGAAAACUGGAAAUGGUUUGGUUCUUUUGCAUGAUUUCUCAGUAACUACUGAGAAUACUAAUUCUCAUUUCAAGGAGUAUCUUAUAAACGUAAGUACUUCUGAUGACUUUUCCCUUGUUUUCUCCCCAUUGAAAAAGUCUUUUGCUUUCGUGAAUGCCAUCGAGUUUGUUUCUGCUCCCAAUGAGCUCGUUCCUGAUUCUGCAACCGCAGUAUCUCCUCCCAGCGUCUUCAAUGGUGUAUCGGGUUAUGACCUGCAGGUUGUGCACAGGGUCAAUGUUGGAGGGGAAAUGGUUAGUCCAAAAAACGACACUUUGUCCAGGACAUGGAUGAGUGACAUGAGUCAAGGAUACAUGAUGUUUCCUAAAGGGGACAAAGUUGUGACUGUUGAUCCUAGUACAGUCAAUUAUCCGGAUGGAGGAACAACCCCUUUGAUUGCCCCCAAUCAGGUUUACUCAUCUGCAGCUUCAAUGGCGGAUUCUGGUGUUUCAAAUCCCAACUUCAACCUCACUUGGCAGAUGAAUGUCGAUCCGGGGUUCGAUUAUUUAAUCAGGCUACACUUUUGUGAUAUUGUAAGUACUAGCUUGAAUAGUCUUUACUUCAAUGUUUAUGUCAAUGGGAUAACUGGUGUUUCGGGCCUUGACUUAUCCACACUCACCUCGGACCUAGCCACUGCUUACUACAAAGAUUUUGUGGUCAAUGCCUCUACCAUCUCCAACGGGUUGAUACGGGUCCAGAUUGGCCCGUCGGAUCUUGAAACCACGAGUACUCCUAAUGCCAUACUGAAUGGGUUGGAGAUCAUGAAGAUGAGAAAUUCAGAUAUGAGUUUAGAUGGGUUGUUCUCAUCUAGAGAAAAUAGUCAUGGUCGGCCCCGUACCAUGAUUAUCGCUGAGGCGCUUGGCGUUGUCAUAGGAACCAUUGUCCUUUUAGCGCUCAUCUUUAGCCUUAUUCGGAGAAAGAACAAGGCUAAAGGUUGGGACGAAGGUGGAAAUAGUUUCACAUCUUGGUUUCGUCCCCUUAACGCAAGCUAUUGUAGUAGUUUGUUGUCAAGUAAAAGCAAGAGCAAAACUGGGUACUCGAGUGUUCUGUUUUCGAAGGUUGGUUUAGGCCGAUCCUUCACUUUUAACGAGCUAAGAGAUGCAACGAACAACUUUGAUGAGAGUGCAGUGAUAGGUGUUGGAGGGUUCGGUAAAGUAUAUAUAGGUGAAGUUGAAGAAGGGACCAAGCUUGCGAUAAAGAGAGGAAACCCGAGAUCUUCUCAAGGAAUCAAUGAAUUCCAGACCGAAAUAGAACUAUUAUCCAAGCUUAGACACAGACACCUUGUGUCAUUAAUCGGCUAUUGUGAUGAAAACAAUGAAAUGAUUCUAGUUUAUGAGUACAUGUCUAACGGGCCCCUUCGUGACCACAUCUACGGGUCAACCCUUCCCCAUUUGACUUGGAGACAGCGGCUCGAGAUCAGCAUUGGUGCAGCCCGAGGGCUGCACUACCUCCAUACAGGUGGAACAUCACAGUGCAUAAUCCACCGGGAUGUCAAAACCACAAACAUUCUCCUAGACGAGAAUUUUGUGGCAAAGGUUUCUGAUUUUGGGUUGUCAAAAACAGGACCCGCAUUGGACCAAACGCACGUUAGCACUGCAGUGAAGGGUAGUUUCGGGUAUCUUGAUCCAGAAUACUUUAGAAGGCAACAACUUACCGAAAAAUCUGAUGUUUAUUCGUUCGGUGUUGUUCUGUUCGAGAUCUUAUGUGCACGCCCAGCUCUUGAUCCUACUUUACCAAGAGAACAAGUGAAUUUAGCAGAAUGGGCCAUGGCAAAACAAAGAAAAGGAGUGAUUGAGAUGAUUGUGGAUCCUAAUAUUGCAAAAACUAUAAGCUCAGAAUCACUAGUAAAAUAUGUUGAAGCUGCAGAAAAAUGUUUAGCUGAAUAUGGUGUUGACAGACCUUCAAUGGGAGAUGUUUUAUGGAACUUGGAAUUCGCUUUGCAGCUUCAAGAUGCAUCUGCACGGCUCGAUCCUCCUCAAGAAGACGAUACCUGCAAGGCAAAGACAAAGAUGGCUGCUUCAGAAAGUCUCAAGAAAGAUGAGAAGAACAAGAGCAGUGACAGUGAUGUCAGUAUCCUUAUUAGUGAUGAUUCGGGGGUCGUGAUGGGAUCUCCAUUGUUCUCCAAGAUCCAAGAUUUUGAAGGAAGAUGAUGAAAAUAAACCUCUUAUGUUUUGUUGUUUGAAGUUGAUUUUUAG